AUGCUGUUGCUUUUCGGGUUUGCUGCUGCAGCAGCAGCAGCAGCACAGACCAAGCCGGCCCCACACCACAAGGGGAUACCCUGGCCUGAGGCUGCAGAAGCAAGACAACAAAACAACGAGAAUGCAGAUGUACAGACGAAGGUGAUUGCUGCAGUUGUUAUUUUCUUUGCUUCUGUCUUGGGCUCUGUUCCUGGUUUGGUGCUGCUGCGGCGGCGCCAGCAGCAGCAGCAGCAGCAGCAGCAGCAGCAGCAGCAGUCCUCCUCAGGGAUAAUGGCUGGUGUUGUUGCUGCUGUUGCGCUGCUGCAUCUGCUGCCAGCAGCAGAACACCAGCUAGCGGGGGCCCUGGGGGCCCUUCAGGGGGCCCCCGAGGACAAGGGGGGCCCCCGUGAGGGGCCCCAGUACCCUGUUGCUUCGCUCUGCUGCUUGGGGGGCAUCCUCGUUUCUGCUGCUCUUGAAGCUGCUGUGGAGCAGCUGCAGCAGCAGCAGCAGCAACGACAGCAGCAGCAGCAGCAGCAGCAGCAGCAGCAGCAGCAGCUAGAGGGGAGCGGCAGCAGCUUGCUGCAACUUGAUUCCUUAACCAACAGCAAACAGCAGCACUUUCUCUCAGCUGCUGCUGCACCCCACCCGCUGCAUGCAGCAGCAGCAGCAGCAGCAGCAGCAGAAACUGGAGUACCAACACCAACAGCAGCAGCAGCAGCAGCAGCCACAGCAGCAGCAGCAGCAGCAGCAGCAGAAACAGAUAGUCAGUGGAAUGACUGCACAGCAGCAGCAGCAGCAGCAGCAGGAAGAGCAGCAGCAGCAGCAGCAGCAGCAGCAGCAGCAGCAGGAUCAGGACGAUGA